AUGCAAUUGGGGGAGCAACUCCUAGGCAGUUCUGCUAAUCUGCCGAGUGCCCCAUUUUAUCCGCUGGAAGCCGCGGGCGGGAGAGCCGGCGCUACCGCGCGACACCUCAACACUGGGUCGCCGCCGCGCCUGGACUUGGAGAAGGGGCCGAAAAAGUUCGGGAGCGCCUCUGUACCGGCAGCGAGCCUGUUAGGUGAGGCUGAGGCGGCGGGCGAGACACCGCCCUUCGUCACUGCCGGCCAGAUGCCGUCCAAGGCGGCGGCCGAGGUCGCGGACGGCGGGCGCAAGAGCUCACCGUGUCCAACUGAGGAAGACGUGUUGCCGCCGCCGCCACCACCACCACCACCCCCGCCAGCGCGCUACUCUCUAGAUGGCCUGAGUCCUGAACGGUACUACCUGCAAUCUCCCGGCCCGCAGGCUAGUGCUGAGCUGGGCAGUCCGUGCUCGCUUUUCCCGUACGCUGGGGCGCCCGGGAGUGCGCAGUCCAGCUCCAUGUACCAGGCGCCCAGUGGAGCGCGCUACCCCUAUGGUCCUGUGCUGACGCCGCCGGGCAGCUUUUCGACGGCAGCGGGUAGGACGCCCUUCGCUGCAGCCGCGAGUACGUAUCAAUAUAGCCAAGGCACAUCUCCCGGUGCUCUCUAUAACCCUUAUCCGCCAGCGGCGGCGGCGGGGGGCUCCUGCGGCGGCCUAGGGGGACUGGCGAUGCCAAGCGGGGCAGGGGGACUCCGUGCCCAGGUUUUCCUCUGCAAUCGGCCGCUCUGGCUGAAGUUCCACCGACAUCAGACCGAGAUGAUCAUUACCAAGCAGGGCAGGCGGAUGUUUCCUUUCCUGAGUUUCAACAUAACAGGCCUCAAUCCUACUGCCCAUUACAAUGUUUUUGUGGAAGUAGUGCUUGCAGAUCCUAACCAUUGGCGCUUCCAGGGAGGAAAAUGGGUGACAUGUGGCAAAGCUGAUAAUAAUAUGCAAGGCAACAAGGUUUAUGUUCAUCCUGAAUCUCCCAAUACUGGAGCCCACUGGAUGAGACAGGAAAUCUCUUUUGGAAAACUCAAACUUACUAACAACAAAGGGGCUAAUAAUAAUAAUACCCAGAUGAUUGUUCUACAGUCCCUGCACAAAUAUCAGCCUCGGCUCCAUAUUGUGGAAGUGACAGAAGAUGGUGUUGAAGAUAUGAAUGACUCUACUAAAACACAAACUUUCAACUUUCCUGAAACACAGUUCAUAGCUGUUACUGCAUAUCAGAACACUGAUAUCACACAGCUUAAAAUUGAUCAUAACCCUUUUGCAAAAGGCUUCAGGGACAACUAUGAUUCCAUGUACACAGCUUCAGAAAAUGACAGAUUAACUCCAUCUCCUACGGAUUCUCCUAGAUCCCACCAGAUUGUCCCAGGAGCCCGGUACACUGUACAACCCUUCUUCCAGGAACAAUUUGUCAACAACUUGCCACCAGCUAGAUUCUAUAAUGGUGAAAGAGCUGUACCACAGACCAAUGGCCUCCUCUCUCCGCAGCAGACUGAAGAGGUGACUAAUCCACCACAGAGAUGGUUUGUCACUCCGGUCCAGCAGUCUGGGGCCAACAAACUCGACAUGAAUUCCUAUGAAACUGAUUACUCUCCAAGUAGCUUACUCUCUUAUGGUAUCAAAUCCCUUCCCAUUCAGACAUCCCAUGCACUGGGCUAUUACCCAGAUCCAACAUUUUCUUCUGUGGCUGGAUGGGGAAGUCGAGGCUCUUACCCAAGGAAAAUGUCUACAGGUUUACCUUGGACCUCGAGAACAAGCCCUCCAGGUUUCUCUGAAGACCUCCUUUCAAAAGAAAAAGUAAAAGAAGAAAUGGGGUCAUCUUGGAUUGAGACACCUCCAUCCAUAAAAUCUCUAGAUUCAAAUGAUUCUGGAGUUUAUAUUAGUGCUUGCAAAAGGCGGCGACUGUCCCCAAACAGCUCCAGCAAUGAAAACUCUCCAACAAUGAAGUGUGAGGAUAUUAAUGCUGAGGACUAUGGCAAAGAUGCUUCUAAAGGCAUGGGGUACUAUGCCUUUUAUACCAGUUCUUAA